UAUGGGUAUCCGUUAUGAAAACUUGAUAAAAGGUCCAACACAUAGAAAGCUGUAUAAAGAUAUAUCUUGACUGACAUAUACGCGGAAAUAUCUCGCUUGAUCUGUCAAGAGUUCGCCGUUGACAGUUCAGAAGUGAAAACGAUUGUUUUAGUACUUGGUAUUUGAAUUGAUUGAUACAACUUGCAAUUUCUAAAGUUUCCAUGAAAUCCAUGGAGUUCACCACAUGAAUGAAACGAUGAAAAGGAGUCAGUCCUGAAAAAAAUCUUCAAACUUAGCAGAAGAACGUAUUACUAAUCUUAGAUAACAUUGACGGUAUGGAGAAGACGACAGUUCUGGAUGGUUGGGAUAACAUUGACAAUAUGGAGCAGACGACAGUUCUGGAUGGUUGGGAUAACAUUACGUCCGAUGAAGAUAUACCAACACGAACGCUUCACCAGGUAGGAGCCACACUGAUCGGGUCUUUGGGUUUCAUUGCCAAUACGAUUAUAUUAAUCGCAAUUUUGAAGGCAAAACUUUAUCGCCAAAAUGUGAUUUUAUUUGUUCUUAAUUUGGUGAUAAACAACACCUUAGCCUGUGCGACGUCUCUGCCAUAUAUCGCCACCAUGGCGUUCAACUAUACCGACGAAGUCGACCUGGUGUUGUGCAGGGUCAUGGGGUAUAUCACCUAUUCCAUCACAGCUUCGGAAUUGCUAGGACUCGAUCUCGUCGCGGUCAACAGAUAUUUUCUAAUAGUGAGAUACAGUACAUAUUUACAGAUCUACAACGAUAAGAAAAACAUUGGAUUGAUGAUACUAAUGUCGUGGAUUAUUUACCCGACAAUGAUGCUGUUUCCCGCGACUGAUAUCUGGGGAAGUCUCUUGUAUGACCAAAACAGGUUCAUAUGUCAUCCAUUCAAGGCGAACGAUAGUUUUGGAAAAUUUUUAGUCGGAUUUGCUUUGUUAACUUCAGUUCCAUUGUUAAUCUUGGGAUAUACGAGCAUUUUACCAAAAGUGUUUUGGUCAAAAAAACAAGUGAACCGGACUCGUAGCAGAUCUGUGGCUAAUCAACACAUCUCGGACAAACCUCGGAGACGAGAUGUCCGUCUGGUUUCCCUGGUGAUAGUGCUGCUAACCACGUUUUGUCUGAUGUACCUACCUUUCGCUGUUAUAUCUAUCAUUGACGCUAAGGGAUCUAAAUAUGACCCUAGAAUACACGUCGGGUUGAUCUACGUAGCCUGGACUCACUGUUUGGUAAACCCUUUCUUGUACGCCCUCAUGAACCGCCAAAUCCAGAAGGCAAUAAAAGAUCUUUUCUUGGGUGCAGACGACAAGGAUGCCAUUUCGGGGGUAACAACAAUCAACCGAUCGAAAACUGAGACGGCUUCAAUUAAUACAACUCUAUGAACACGCUUCUGAAGAGGUAUCCUAGUACUGUUCCUUUAUCGGGUUCGUACCAGUUGUACCAAAUAGGUACGAUAUAGUAUAAUGGAAUGUAACUUAAUCUCAACUGAGUUCCCAAGAUGGCGACCGUCUACAUAAUAUAAUGGAUGUAAAAUCAAUUCGUGAAUAGUUCCGUCAAAUAUUGACAUAACAUUUCACUGCAAAGGAAGAGUUCUCAUCUCGUUGUUAACAAAAAGUAAAUUUGCGUGACAUAUGAUGAAUCAAUAUAGGGUCCAAAUGAAAAGUUUGAAGAGCUGGUUCGGUUCUGUUGGAACAGCGUGCACGUGUUACAUUACGAUUACAGCAGAUUCGUAUCGGUACAACUGGUACGAACCCGAUAAAAGAACGCACGAUAAUUAAGGUUCCAAAGAAUGUAUUUUCAAAGACUGUACAAAAGACAAACGCAUAUGAAUAUUAAUUUGAAAAAGAAUUCAGUAUUACGUGUAUAUAAAUUACGUGCCAAAACAAUGUUUUUUUGUUUUGUGAUAUAGACCGAAAAUAGAACAUGUUUUGAUGACGACACACACAAUUAUAUAAUACUGUUUUGUAGUUUAUUUCACCAUUUUUUGUUUCUUUUUAUCAUACUUAUAAUUAGGAGUGAUCUACAUUUCCUACCAAGUGUUAUGUAAAAUUGUGUUUGCUUUCUCUGUUCCGUUCAACUCAUCAGUAAUGUAUAUAAAUAAAUUUCACUUCGUGAUAUGAUCUUCGAUAUCAA